UCUUGUAAUUAUAAAUUGCAUUCUAGCUCUGAGGAGCUCAGCUAAGAAAUAUUCUCUUCAUUAAGAGUAACUGGAUUACUGCAGAAUGACUACAGAAGUAAUAUUACAUUAUCGACCAUAUGAGAGUGAAACCACACAACUGCCAAAAAUUGCAGAGAAAGCAAUUCAAGACUUUCCUACACGUCCACUAUCAAGAUUUAUUCCUUGGUUUCUGCCUGAUGGGUCCAGACUUCCACUCAAACCUAAAAGAUUACCACCUGUGAUUUCUGAAGAGGCAACUGAAGAUGUGAGACAGUACUUAACCAUCUCAGAACAUGAUAUUAAAUUGCAGAGUUAUGAUUGCACAGUAGAUCUACUGGAGUUUCAACCUAAUUUGAAAAAAAAGAAGCACUUAAUCCAAUCACACACACUGAAUGAACAGACUAAUUCUGCAAGUCUGGAUAAACAAUCAGAAAAAGGAAAACGGCACAAGAAGAGGUCUUGGAGUGUUUCACUUCCCAGCAGUAAUUGUACUGAAAAUAUUUUUCCUUUGUCUGAAAAAUUGCAAGAUAGUUUAAAGGCACUAAAUUUGCACUCAUUUUAUAGAGCAAGAUGGACAAUAGAGCACACUAUUUGUAACAACCAAACUCUGGAAGAUAUUUGGGCAAAACUCAAUCGAAUUAUCAGGUGCAAUGAACUUCCAUCUUGUAAUGCUACAAUUCAGAGACAUUUAGGCCAGAUAUGGGUGUUCUGUGAUGUUAUGUACUGUGAAUAUGUGGGAAAUCUUCUUAAAGGAAGAUUAGCUCUUACUGGGAAGAUUAACUUAUUUGUGCAUAAAUAUGGUGUUAUUUUUAGUAUGUAAUGAAUUCCACUAAUUGUCAAAAAGAAAAAUAUUCUGAAUGAACUGAGUAGGAACUGAAACAGAUGAAUAAAUUUUUAAUUGUGUGGUAAUAUAUGUACAGUUUGUAUCCCAGAAAUAAAUACCAGGUGAAUUCCUAGGCUUGUCACUUAAGUCAGGAACUUGCUGCGUUUUACUUUGAGCAGCCUUCUUUUAAAUGAAUUGUGAUAAAUUAUUAUUUUUACUGAAUUUAAAGGUAAAAUGUUCUAUUCCUUUUGUUCUGUUACUUUUCC